GGCGGGGCAGGGCCGGAGGCUGGGGUGCCGCCUCCUCUGCAACGCCGGGGCCGGAGUCUUAGAACCCAGGGCCCGUAGGGGUCCCCGCGGCUGCCGCGAUGCAGAAAUACGAGAAACUCGAGAAGAUUGGGGAAGGCACCUAUGGAACAGUAUUCAAGGCCAAAAACCGAGAGACCCAUGAGAUUGUGGCUCUGAAACGGGUGAGGCUGGAUGACGAUGAUGAGGGAGUGCCGAGCUCAGCCCUUCGGGAAAUCUGCCUACUCAAAGAGCUGAAGCACAAGAACAUCGUCAGGCUUCAUGACGUCCUGCAUAGCGACAAGAAGCUGACUUUGGUUUUUGAGUUCUGUGACCAGGACCUUAAGAAGUAUUUCGACAGCUGCAAUGGUGACCUAGAUCCUGAAAUUGUAAAGUCCUUCCUCUUCCAGCUGCUGAAAGGCCUGGGAUUCUGUCACAGCCGCAAUGUACUGCACAGGGACCUGAAGCCCCAGAACCUGCUGAUAAACAGGAACGGGGAGCUGAAAUUGGCCGAUUUUGGCUUGGCUCGAGCCUUUGGGAUCCCAGUUCGCUGUUACUCAGCUGAGGUGGUCACGCUGUGGUACCGCCCACCGGAUGUCCUCUUUGGGGCCAAGCUGUACUCCACAUCCAUCGACAUGUGGUCGGCCGGCUGCAUCUUUGCAGAGCUGGCCAACGCGGGGCGGCCUCUUUUCCCGGGCAAUGACGUAGACGACCAGUUGAAGAGAAUCUUCCGGCUUCUGGGGACACCAACCGAGGAGCAGUGGCCUGCCAUGACCAAGCUGCCAGACUAUAAGCCCUACCCGAUGUACCCGGCCACAACGUCCCUGGUGAAUGUCGUACCCAAGCUCAAUGCCACAGGGAGGGACCUUCUACAGAACCUCCUGAAAUGUAACCCCGUCCAGCGCAUCUCGGCAGAGGAAGCCCUGCAACACCCCUACUUCUCCGACUUCUGCCCCCCGUAGGCUCCAGGACCUUGGCCGGGCUGGGGCCUGGCCUAUUUAAGCCCCCUCCUGGGAGGGGAGGAAAAGCCGGGGGUGCACGGGGUGCUGAGCUCCAGCUGUGCUGGGCCCGGCCGGGGUGGGGGUGCCCCGGCCCGUGUUCUUCACUCCCUCCGUGGACUUUAUUUAAUUUCAUAAAUUGGCUCCUUUCCCACA